AUGGAAACCGAAGUAAUCAAGGUCGAUAUCAAAGCUAGGGCUACGCCUCACGCAGCUCCGUCGUCGUCAGGGUUCUUAAACACGGUGGCUAUCACUCAAACACGAGAAGUCGAAGAAUUUGCAUUAUACGAGAGCGAUGGCACUGUGUCGAGUCUCGGAUCUUACCCGGAUCAUUCUUUUCGUGACCCUCUUCCUCCCUUUAUGGAUUUCGAGAAUUUCACACCAGACUACGUCUUCCAACGAGUCAACGGCUAUCUCCACGACCGUGUCUUGUCUGGGCUAGUCACUGAUCGUAUUCUUGUCGAAUCCCAACGGAGAGACUUGCCACAAGGAGGACUCUUGUUCAUAGCAGUCUCGGUCAAAUUGACACAGAAAGUGUAUCUCGCCGUGCCUUCUUCUAUUUCGCCGGACCAAGAGAGCGAAGGGGAAUCAGAGUAUUUCGAAACUAGCUCUGUUCUUUCGACAACAACAACAGAUGAUUCGGACCAAGAGAGCCAAGAAGUGGAAACAGAGGACUUGGAAGCAGAGAGCUGCGCGAUAUGUUUGGAGAAAUUGUCGGAAUCAGAGACUAAUCCCAUCUGCAAGUUGCCUGGUUGUACACACGAGUUUCACGAAGAAUGUGUCAUCAAGUGGUUGGGUCGACAACACGACUCGUGCCCUCUCUGUCGUCAAUCUGUUGACGGCAACAGGAGUCAAGCUAUGGAGAAUUAA